AUGACACGACUCCCACAUGUCGGCAUCAUCGGCGCAGGCCUCUCAGGCCUCCGCUGCGCCGAUAUCCUUAUCCAAAACGGAGCCCACGUAACAAUCCUAGAAGCCAGAGAUCGCAUUGGCGGAAGAGUGCACCAAUCAUCGGUCGGGUCCCAUGUGGUCGAUCUGGGCCCAAAUUGGAUUCAUGGCGCGGGAGAGAAUCCUAUCAUGGAUAUCGCGAAAGCGACGGGGGCGAUUAUGUAUGAUCCCGAGGGUGGGAUUGUCAAAUUCUCCCGUGAAGGUGGCCUGAUUGAUGAUGCAGUUACGAGUAGGGUCGAGAACUUUGUUUGGACUACCAUCUCGGAAGCUUUCCAGUAUAGUAAUCAGCAUGGCGAUAGUAUCCCCGCUGAAAAGAGUCUACUGGACUUUUUCAACGAGAAAGUUGGAAAAUCUGGUCUCCCAGAGACAGAGAAAGCACUUGUCCUUGAUGCAUGCAAGCUCUGGGGUGCGUAUGUUGGUGAGCCUACUGAAAGGCAGAGUUUGAGGUUCUUCCGGCUGGAGGAAUGCGUUGAUGGGAGCAACUUUGUCGUGGCAUCGACAUAUAAGCGAAUUCUCGAGCAUGUCUCGAAGAACGCAACAGCAAAAGCUGAUAUUCACUUGAACGAGCCAGUCGUGAACAUCAAUGCCCCUCAACGCGAUGAUGAACCCUCAACGCCGCACCAAGUCACCGUGAAAACAGCCACGGGAAAAACAUACACCUUCGACGAGGUAGUCGUGACGUGCCCACUGGGCUGGCUCAAACAAAACAUAACGGCAUUCAACCCAGCACUUCCGCCCCGCCUCCUCGAAGCAAUCAACAACAUCUCUUAUGGACGACUCGAAAAGGUUUACGUGACAUUCCCCCAAGCAUGGUGGCACAUCGACCCAACCGCUCCCCAAACGAAAUCUCAACUCCAGAAAAAUACAGUCGUUGCCCAAUUCCUCGAACCAACUUACACGCCACACCCCCCAAGCACAGAGUGGAACCAAGAAUGCCUCAGCUUGGCCUCACUGCCCGCUGGGACAUCCCAUCCAACUCUCCUUUUCUAUACCUACGGCGAAGGCGGCGCGGCAAUCAUCAACAGAAUCUCGCACCUCGACCCUCAAUCUCCGGAAUACAAAGACAUACUCAUGAAAACACUGGAACCAUUCUACUCCCGGCUACCAGGUUACGAUGCCACGUCAGGUGACUGUCUGCCGUCUGCUAUGCUCGCGACGCAGUGGCAGAAGGAUGAGUAUGCGGGUCAUGGGUCGUAUUGUAAUUUCCAGGUUGGGGUUGCGGCGGCGGAUCGUGAUAUUGAAGUUCUUCGGGAUGGGGGUGGGAGUGGGCGGCUGAGAGGGUUGUGGUUUGCUGGUGAGCAUACUGCACCUUUUGUUGCGCUUGGGACUACUACUGGGGCUUAUUGGAGUGGGGAGAGAGUUGCUAAGCGUGUUUGUGAAUUGAGGGGAUUGGAGGGUGUUGGGGUUGAUAUUGGUGUUGGUGAUGAGUUGCCAUCUGGGGCAUUGUAA